AUGCCUCCGUUGUGGAAGAAUCUCGAGGAGAUGUCUUCCGAGGUCGGUAUGAAGCUCAACACCACUCGCUAUCGCCGUCUUCUUGUGGUUCUGAAUGAGCUGCAUGAAUGUCUUCGUAUAGCUACUACCGCAGGCCAUACCGAAUUCGCAGACAUGAUCGAACAGGUCGUGGCCAUGUUUGAACGUGGGGAGAGCCAGAAGGAAGAGUAUAUGUCUCGUGGAAAGAGGACAAUAGCCGAAUUGGAUCAGUUCGGUCGUUCAUAUACACUGGGCAGACGAAAAACCAGUUCUGCUCGUGUAUGGAUCAUUCCUCGAAUAACUUCCACCGUUAAACCUGUUGAUGUGCCAACUACGACAAUACUUGUCAAUAAUCUCCCAUUAUCACAAUACUUUCCAAAAGUUGUCGACCGGGAACGCGUCGUAUAUCCCCUGAAAGUGGCAGGUGUUCUCGGAAAAUUCAAUGUCUUCACGAUAGCGCGUGGGGGUGGUUCCACCGGACAAACUGGUGCCAUUGCCCAUGGCAUCGCAAAAGGACUGCUGGCUCACGACCAAAAACUACUCACAGUUUUGCGCAAAGCCAAUCUAAUUAAGCGCGACCCCCGUAUGGUGGAGAGAAAAAAGACCGGUCUUGCCAAGGCAAGGAAGAGGUAUACCUGGGUCAAACGGUAGUCUUGAGGCUUGGCUUGAUAUUACAAAUUCACUCCAGACAUGCACAACGCGUGAGAUAGGAUGUAUUUACUAAAAAUAAUAAACAUACA